CUAUUGCCAUAAAUAUACUACUAGAAAUUGAUGAGUACAUUACGUCGGUGUGUGUAUCUGUAAACGGUCCGACUACUAUCAACGCUGUGAAAGUUAGCUCAUCAAUGCACCUGGGAAAUUAUUAACCUACUCUUUAACGUUAACAGACAUGGACGAGCAAACAACUCCUGUACGACAGCAACAUGAAUUCAAUGUUGGCAGACUUAAAAGUUAUCUGUCUGUUAAGUCACGGAUGUCUAACAAUGACACACUCACUGUCAAACAGUACAGUGCUGGUCAGUCAAACCCAACCUUCCUAAUACAAACACCCUCAAACAGCUUGGUGCUCAGGAAGAAACCCCCAGGUGAGCUGCUGCCAGGGGCUCACAAGGUGGACAGGGAGUAUCGGGUGCAAAAGGCCCUGUUCUCUGCUGGCUUCCCUGUACCUCAGCCUCUCUUGCACUGCACUGAUAAUGAAAUCAUUGGAACAGAGUUCUACUUGAUGGAGCAUGUGAAGGGGCGUAUAUUCAGGGAUCUCCGACUUCCUGGAGUGAGUGCAGCAGAGAGAACAGCUCUAUAUGUGGCUGCAGUGGAAGUAUUGGCAAAGCUUCACUCAUUGGACCUGGCUUCACUGAACCUUGAAGGGUAUGGAAAAGGAUCAGGCUACUGCAAGAGACAAGUGUCCACCUGGACAAAGCAGUACAAUGCAGCAGCCCAGAGAGACAUUCCAGCCAUGAAUGAACUGUCUGAUUGGCUGAUGAAUAAUUUGCCAGCCAGUGAUGAUGAGGUCACGCUUGUCCAUGGAGAUUUCAGAUUGGAUAACUUGAUAUUCCAUCCAACAGAGGCACGUGUGAUAGCAGUGUUGGACUGGGAGCUGUCUACCACUGGACAGCCUUUGGCAGACUUGGCCUACUUUCUUAUGCCUCACUACUGGCCUACAAGCCUUAAUAUUAUCAGCACAAUGGGCAGCUUAAAAGGUGUAGAAGGUAUCCCAACUGUGGAUGACCUGAACUCCAUUUACUGCCGGUGCCGGGGUAUCCCAUUUGCUUUGCCGCAGUUGAAUUUCUACUUGGCCCUGUCAGUCUUUAAAAUGGCAGGAAUUGCCCAGGGGAUCUAUGCACGCCACUUACUGGGUAUUGCCAGUGCUCCCAAUGCAGCUCAGUUCGGCCAGUGUGUGGAGCCCUUGGCAAAGGUUGCCUUGCAGCUUGUGCAGAGGUCUGUCACAGGUCCUACAGAAGACGGUCUGUUUCUCCAGACGGCUAAAGGUCGGGCUGUUCUCCAGCAAGUCAAAGACUUCAUGAGACAUUAUGUGCUUCCUGCUCAGGAGGAAGUUGCAGAGUACUACUCUAAGCAUGCUCAGUCUCCACAGAGGUGGCACACCCCUCAAAUAAUAAAAGAUCUAAAGGUGAAGGCCCAGGGAGCAGGGCUGUGGAAUCUGUUCCUGCCUGCAGUCAGUGGUCUCAGUCAGUUGGACUAUGCCUACAUUGCAGAGGAAACUGGACGUUGCCUCUUUGCCCCCGAGGUCUUCAACUGCCAGGCUCCUGACACAGGAAAUAUGGAGGUGCUUCACAUGUUUGGCAGUGAGGAACAGAAGAGGAAAUGGCUGGAGCCUCUGCUCAGAGGAGAGAUCCGCUCCUGCUUCUGCAUGACAGAGCCUGAUGUGGCCUCCAGUGAUGCAACCAACAUGGAGUGCACUCUUCGCAGGGAUGAAGACAACUACGUCAUAAAUGGCAAGAAAUGGUGGAGCAGUGGUGCUGGCAAUCCCCAGUGCAAAGUGGCCAUUGUGAUGUGCAGGAGCUGUUCCCAGGAUGUUAGCAGCAGGCAUGGCCAACACAGUAUGAUCCUCAUCCCUAUGGACACUGCAGGCGUAAAGCUCAUCAGACCGCUCACCGUGUUUGGACAAGAUGAUGCCAUCCAUGGUGGCCACUUUGAAGUGCACUUGGAAAAUGUGCAUGUCCCUGCUUCCAACAUUAUUCUAGGAGAGGGCCGGGGAUUUGAGAUUGCCCAGGGUCGCCUGGGGCCGGGCAGGCUGCACCACUGUAUGAGGGCUGUUGGUCUGACAGAGUUGGCACUGGAGCUGCUGUGCCAGCGGGCAGCCUCAAGGCACACAUUUGGAAAGAAACUGUACCAACAUGAAGUUGUUGCUCACUGGAUAGCAGAGUGCCGUCUCAUGAUUGAACAGACCCGCCUGCUGACACUAAAUGCUGCUCAUGCCCUGGAUACACUGGGGAGCCGGGCUGCUCGCAAACAGAUUGCUAUGAUCAAGGUGGCAGCAGCCAGGAUGGCCUGUAAAGUGGUGGACUGUGCUAUACAGGUAUAUGGAGGUGCAGGUGUGUCUGGAGAUGUCCCACUAGCCCAGAUGUAUUCAUAUGUGCGGACUCUACGCAUUGCUGAUGGGCCAGAUGAAGUCCACCUCUCCUCCAUUGCUCAUCUUGAAUUAAGGGAUCAACUAAAGAAAGCACAUGCCAAGCUGUAAAGUAAUGGCCAUCACAUGGACACAACAGCUUCACUAAAUUGCAAUUUGCCUUAACAAAAAAGCAGCAUUUUCAGUUGCCAUGAACUAUCCUGCUACCAAAUUACACUAAGUGUAAGUAAAUGACUGAUUUAUAAUUAGUUGUAUACAUUUCUCUGCAACCUGCUUGAACUGAAAUCAUUCCAUUAAAAGUUUGAGGUAAAAAUGA